UAUAGACGAGACAGUCGCAAGCCGCCGCUCGCGUCGCGCUUACUAAACUACGCGAGUAUUGUUCGACAAAUGCGCGAGAAUUAUCCGAAAUGUGAACGUAAAUAAUACGCGCUCUUUAGAAUAGAGUUGUUGUUUGCAAUUAGUGCGAUUGUGGAUUCAGUGCGAAUGUCUUACGUUUAAUUAUGGAUGCGAGGCUUUAUUCAGAUAUCUGUGACCACUUUGGGCGCUCUUAUAUAACUGAUGGCGACUUUACUAUAGCCAUAACAACAUCUAACAAAGUGAAAGUGACUUUCAAAAUCUGACUAAAAGUGAAAAUGUGUAAGUGAAUUUUCAUAAGACUACGAAAUCCUAGUGACUUAAAAAAAUCUGCCUGCAAAAGUGAAAAGGUGUAAGUCAAUUUUCAUAAGACUAUGAAAUCCUUAAAUAACCAGGUGAAAGUGACUUAAAAAAAUCUGAUCGUACAAGUGAAAAGGUGUUAGUGAAUUUUCAUUAGACUACCUGCGAAAUCCUUAAGUGCCCAGGUGAAAGUGACUUAAAAGAAUCUGACUGUAAAAGUGAAAAUGUGUAAGUGAAUUCCCAAAAUGGCGUUAUGACGUCGUGGAGCGCGGAGCUAGACGAGGCGGCGCAGCUGGCGACCAAAGCCGGCUGCUGGCAUACUCUGUUAUUUUAUUUACUCUGUGCAUUGGCGUCUAUACCUACGUCCUUCUUGAUAUUUUCACAGGUCUUCACCAACGCUACCCCGGAGCACUGGUGCGCGCCAUCUCCUGAGAUCGAGAGCCUGGCUCUGCCUGACCAGUUGAUCAAAUCCCUGACAGUGCCUGAACACAAUGGCGUGUCUGAGAGCUGUCGUGCGUAUACUGUGGACCCUCAGACGCUGUUUGUAGUCCUCAAUGAUUAUGUAGACGAAAGAACAGAAAUCAUCCGGGAAGGCGGUGUGAUGCGGAAGGUGACAACGAGACGGCUGGUACCUGCUGAAGGAGAAACGGAACGAAAAGAACAGAUAGCGAAAGUGACAGACGCUAUUCUGAAGCUGAGAAAGGAGCCAGCACCGUGCACCAACGGGUGGAAGUUCAGCACCAGCCAGUAUGAAAGGACCCUAGUCACUGAAUUCGCGCUGGUGUGCGAUAACGACUGGCUACCUCGCACCAGCAACACGCUUUUCUGGGUCGGCUCCAUCUUCGGCAACCUGUUCUUCGGGUGGAUGUCCGACAGAUAUGGCCGCCGACCAACAAUCCUGCUGAUGAUCUUCUUGGAAGUCCCCCUAGCCAUAUCGACCUCUUUCAUCACAUCGUAUUGGGGCUACACGGCUCUGCGAGUGGCCGGUGGGCUGUUCUUCCCCGCGCUCUACCAGCAGCCCUUCAUUCUGGCGCUCGAGCUGAUGCCUCCUAAGAAACGGACGUCUGCAGGUAUUGUGGUGGGCAUGAUGUUCGCAGCGGGCAUGUGCCUACUAGCGCUGCUGGCGUACGCUGUACGGGACUGGUUCUAUCUCUCUCUGCUCACCAGUUUACCCUUCGUUGUAUUGUACGGGUUCUUUUGGAUAACCCCUGAAUCCCCGCGGUGGCUAGUAGGGCGCGGACGCGUAGCCGAAGCGGAGAAGGUGCUCAUCAACCUUGCUAAACGAAAUAGCAUUUCGUUGCCAAAAGGAUUUCUGCUGGAGUUACAUAAAAAAAUAAAAGAACAAGAAGACGUAGAGGCGACAAUGCUAUCCAAUGCCAAUGGCCACAUGAUAGGAUUUCCUUUACUCACCGACAAAGAAGAAUUCAAUGACAGGCGGAUAAGCAACAUGCUUACAUUCAAAUCUAACACAAAACCGCCAGAAGAAACACCUAAAGCAGAAAGUAUUGAAAGAAUAAUUGCCUUAGAAGUGGCUGAGAUAGUAAAUAAAAGAACGAGGCUAAAGAACUCAGAAGCUCCCGAAGUUACGGUAGAUUCUUCAACUGACGACGUUGAAACUUUUAAGAUAGAAGAAAUCCCACCAAAAGCACAUAUUGAAACAUACACAUUUCCUUUGACUAUAAGAAAGAAAUCCGUGCAACUUUUAAAUAGAAUGUUUAAAGAAAGUCCAGAUAGUGAAGAAAAUAAGAAAAUAGAUGAGCAAAACUCCGAAGGGGAUUGCAAAGCAUCGCUGUUAGAUAUAUUUAGAUACCCAAAUAUCAGAAAAAAGUUCAUAUUUUUAACUUUUAAUUGGGUAUCUUUGGGUGUUGUAUAUAAUGGAUUGAGUUAUAAUACGCCUAAUUUAGGAGUGGAUGAUUACUUAGCAUUUUUUAUUGGUGGCGCAGUAGAGGUACCUUCGUACUUCAUUGCAUGGCGCUGUAUGGAGCGCCUUGGGCGGCGUUGGGUACUCUGUGUCUUCAGCUGCAUCGGCGGACUGGCUUGCCUUUGCUGCGUGUUCGUACCUGAAGACUGGCCGUGGAUCACAGUGGCUCUAGCGAUGGUGGGCCGUCUAUGCAUCGGAGCUUCUUUUUCCGUAUUCUACGUGCAGAUCGGGGAGCUGCUACCCACGGUGCUGCGCGCGCAGGCCAUGGGCGCCUCCAGCUUUAUAGCGGGCCUAGGGCUGCUGGCGUGCCCAUACAUCGUGCACUUGGCCGUGUAUUUAAGAGCUCUCCCGUUGAUGGUCCUCGGUAUACUAGCAGUCCUCGCGGGAAUCAUGUCACUAUUCUUACCAGAGACCCUGAACCAGCCCCUGCCACAGACUUUGGGUGACGGUGAGCUUUUUGGCAGAAACUUCAGGAUCUUCAGCUGCGUGGAUGUGAAGAACAAUUUUCGGGAACACGGAGACUUCUGUUAAACGUGCAAAGCAUUUCCACAAGAAAGCUGUCGUUAUAGUUCGUGUCAUCUACGAUCAAACCUUUAAUAAUAUGGCAAUACAAGUCAAGUCACUCGUCUUCGUGAAUGACACAAUCCUUACCCUUCAUAAAUAUUUAAAAACAUGUGCCUUAUGUGACUGAGAAAAUAAAUUAAGUAUCGUCACAGUGUAGGUAGAGUUAGACCAAAAUGUUGAUAGCCCAGACUUUUCCAGUGUUAUUUAAACGUCAUAUGUUCAUAGAAGUUUGACGUUUAAAUAACACUUGCACUGCUUGCUCUAACUUCAACACAAUAUGUGUAAUUGUUCUGAUUUUUGUAGGUGCGUCCAUAAUGUGCCAUUCGCACAUCGCGCGAUAUCAAUAACUGCGAACAAGUGGCGCAUUUGCGAUACGUUUGCGAUAUCUGGACGCACAUUAAGAUAAUAUUUAUUAAGGUCAAAGGACACAUUUUAUAAUAUUAGCCUUAUUUUUAUGUACUUAAGGUUUCAUCAUAUUCUUAGGUUAUUCCUUUAUCAUUUUCAGUAAUUUUAACAAACGUUCUUUAUUUGCUAGCAUGAUUGGCUAGUAAGUGUACGUAUAACAACAUGUAAAUUGUAUGUGUCCAGUAUCUUUUGUAGUUUAAUUAGAACCAAUAAUUUAAAUAAUUGUACUAAUUGUAGCAAUGGAGCACGGGGUCACGCUAGAUGGGCAGGAUAUACAGUAAAUAUGUUUAUGAGUACAUUUACUUGGGCCAGAUAGCCUCCUUCGAAAACAGGCAAACCCUAUGGUUUUUAUUUAAAGUCUAUACUUUAAUAGAUGUAUUGACAAUGCCUGGAAGAUCUUCUGGUCCAUGAAGGCGCUGUUGAAGGGUGACGUUCUCCUGUGUAUCAAACGCAAACUCAUCGACAUGUGUAUCCUGCCUAUCUUAACCUAUGGUGCUCAAACAUGGUCAUUAACUGAGGCUUUAAAGUCCAAACUCUAGGUUUGCCAGCGGGCGAUGGAGCGCAGUAUACUAGGUGUUCGCAGAACUGACAGAAUCAAAAACACGGAACUGCGCUCCAGAACUCGAGUUGUAGAUGCAGGUGUCAAGACCGCUACGCUAAGUGGGACUGGGCUGGACAUGUCUGCCGCAUGCACCCUGAGAAGUAGGCCAAAAUGGUAACCGAGUGGGAUCCACGGAACACCAUAGAUAGUGCUGACCAGGGUGCAGGCAGGCCAAAAAGGUGAUGGCGGGACGACUUGGACGCAUUUUAUCCGAAUUGGCGAAAAACUAAAAAUGAUAGGAUUGAGUGGAGGAAACUAGGGGAGGCCUUUGCCCAGCAGUGGGACCCUACAUUGGGCUAACAAAAAAAAAGAUAGGUAACUAGGUAUAUCUAAGAACAAACAAAAUAUUAUAAAUAAGAAUGAUAAUUUAUUUGAUAUAUCAUAUUUGUAACUACUUUAUGUUGUAUUGUACUUUAGGUGUUAUAAAUAAAAGACUACAGAUUAAUUAAUUAA